CGGCGUUUAUCAACCGCUGUGGGUUGGGAGUGGUCGGCCCGCGGAGUAGCGUUCCCUCCUUCCCUCCCUUCUUCUUGCCUCCCUUCCCAGCUAACCCUCGAGGGGUGGGAAAAAGUUAAGGCGUUAGAACAGCGUUAAAUAGUGGAGAGCGUCAGAGGUGUCAGGACUGGCGAGGGUGGCAUCAGGCAUCUCGCUUGCCGGGGUCUGAGAGGUAUCCUUGAGGCUGGGCCGCUAGGCUGGUCCGUCGUGGUGCUUGGUUGAAUUUCUCUCACCUGGUGGCUUCUGGAGUAUGCGGAGCUGCCUUUGCGUUGGUGGGAGGAGUCUCCGACCUCUCGUCGCCCUCUACCCCUCCUGUCUCUAGAGCCAAGCUUUGAACUUGCUGCCCUGCGACAAAGCGCCGGCACCAGAUACCCGGGCACCGGGAGUCACCAGCCCAGUUCAAAUCUCUGUGAUUCCAAAACAGAUUUGUUGCAACACGCUCUUGGAAGUCCUAAACAAUUGAUCUUGGUGUACCGUGUUCCUAUUGUGAUCGCAUCAUGGAAAAUCAGUUGGCUAAAUCAACUGAAGAAAGAACAUUUCAGUACCAGGAUUCUCUUCCAUCACUGCCUGUUCCUUCACUUGAAGAAUCAUUAAAGAAAUACCUUGAAUCAGUAAAGCCAUUUGCAAAUGAAGAAGAAUAUAAGAAAACUGAAGCAAUUGUCCAAAAAUUUCAAAAUGGUAUUGGAGAAAAAUUGCAGCAGAAAUUACUUGAAAGGGCAAAAGAAAAAAGAAAUUGGCUGGAAGACUGGUGGCUGAAUGUUGCCUACCUGGAUGUUCGUAUACCAUCACAACUGCAUGUCAACUUUGGGGGUCCUGCAAGCCAUAUUGAACACUACUGGCCUCCAAAGGAAGGCACACAAUUGGAAAGAGGAAGUAUAAGUCUUUGGCAUAUCUUGAACUACUGGCAGCUAUUAAGAAAAGAAAAAUUGCCUGUUCAUAAAGUUGGAAAUACUCCUCUAGAUAUGAAUCAAUUCCGAAUGCUGUUUGCCACCUGCAAGGUUCCAGGAAUUACUAGAGAUUCAGUUAUUAAUUAUUUUAGGACUGAGAGUGAAGGGCAUUGCCCAAGUCACAUUGCAGUGAUGUGUCGAGGCCGAGUUUUUGUGUUCGAUGUAAUGCAUGAAGGAUGUUUGAUGACCCCACCAGAGAUUCUCAGGCAAUUGACAUACAUCCAAAAGAAGUGCCGUCGUGAACCUGAUGGACCUGGGGUGGCAGCGUUAACUAGUGAGGAGCGAACUCGAUGGGCUAAGGCACGAGAAUAUUUGAUUAGUCUUAAUCCAGAGAACUUGACUAUGUUAGAAAAAAUUCAGAGCAGUUUACUGGUAUUUUGUUUAGAUGAUGGCAGUCCACGUGUAACACCGGAAGAUUAUUCUCAGGUUGCUACAAAGGUUCUUACUGGAGAUCCAACAGUACGCUGGGGUGACAAAUCUUAUAACUUGAUUUCCUUUUCUAAUGGAGUAUUUGGCUGUAAUUGUGAUCAUGCUCCUUAUGAUGCAAUGGUUAUCGUAAGCAUCAGCUAUUAUGUUGAUCAGAAAAUUUUUGAGAGUGAAGGAAGAUGGACGGGUUCAGAUAAAGUACGGGAUAUACCACUUCCAGAGGAGCUUGUUUUCACUGUGGAUGAAAAAGUAUUAAAUGACAUCAACCAAGCUAAAGCCCAAUAUUUCAAGCAGGCAUCUGAUCUGCAGCUUUUGGUCUAUGCCUUUACGUCUUUUGGCAAGAAGCUAACCAAGAAGAAGAAGCUUCACCCUGAUACCUUUGUUCAGCUGGCACUUCAGCUGGCCUAUUAUAGACUUCAUGGACGCCCUGGUUGCUGCUAUGAAACAGCUAUGACAAGAUACUUUUAUCAUGGCCGUACAGAGACUGUGCGAUCGUGUACGGUAGAAGCAGUCAGAUGGUGCCAAUCCAUGCAGGAUCCUUCUACCAGUCUUUUUGAGCAGCAGCACAGGAUGUUAGAAGCUUUUGCAAAACAUAAUAAAAUGAUGAAAGAUUGUUCAACUGGAAAAGGAUUUGACCGUCAUCUGUUAGGUCUCUCACUCAUAGCAAAAGAGGAAUGUCUCCCUGUUCCAGAACUCUUUACAGACCCACUUUUCUCCAGAAGUGGAGGAGGUGGAAACUUUGUUCUCUCAACAAGUCUGAUUGGUUAUUUAAGAGUCCAGGGAGUGGUGGUUCCCAUGGUACGCAAUGGCUAUGGAUUUUUCUAUCAUAUCAGAGAUGACAGUGUGAUUCUGAUGGUGUUGUCAUCUGUCACUUGCUGCAUGGGCAAUUAUUUUUUACCACUUAGGCGUUUAAUGCGUAUUUGUUUCUCUUUCCUGCUUUUGAGACAUUUGUCAAAUCAGUCCUUUAGGUGUUUUGUGCAGAGCACUGUUUCAGGUUGACUCAGUGAUCACAUCAUCAUCAUCCUCCAAAAUCAGUACACAUAGUACCAUAUUUGUUCUACCCAAGGUAUUUGAUGACAAGUUCAGAUAAAAUUUGAUGGUCUGUAAAUAUGUGGUGGUUAGUGCAGUCAUAGACAAUACUAAUGAGACCAAGACAUGAGACAAGGUAAAUUAAUUUAUGUUCAGAAAAGGAUGUUUUACCAAUUCAGAUGCGUUUCAUUUUGGUUGUAUGGGGUUUGACUUAAAUUUGUGGAAAGAAUGAGAAAGAAAAUACUAAAACCUGGUAGGGGAAAGAGAGGUGGAGAACAAGGUAAUAGCAAAUUGACAGAAAGGCAUGGAAAGUCCCCUUUCACAGAGUCUGGCCGUCUCUUCACAGGGGUCUGUCAGACCUUGGGAAUUAAGAUAAUGGGGCUACAUAUAGCACUGUAUGAAUAAGAAGAGAGCAGGCUUAGAGGCAUUUCAGGUGGAAUGUGAAAAAUGGGAAAAAUAAUAUGUGUGACACCUUAUCUUUGAUAAAGGAGGCAAGAAUAUACAGUGGAGAAAACACAGCCUCUUCAAUAAGUGGUGCUGGGAGAACUGGACAGCUACCUGUAAAGGAAUGAAAUUAGAACACUCCCUAACACCAUACACAAAAAUAAACUCAAAAUGGAUUAAAGACCUAAAUGUAAGGCCAGACACUAUCAAACUCUUAGAGGAAAACAUAGGCAGAACACUCUAUGACAUAAAUCACAGCAAGAUCCUUUUUGACCCACCUCCUAGAGAAAUGGAAAUAAAAACAAAAUAAACAAAUGGGACCUAAUGAAACUUAAAGGCUUUUGCACAGCAAAGGAAACCAUAAACAAGACCAAAAGACAACCCUCAGAAUGGG